CUGUCUGCACCCCCCAGGCUCCCACCCCAUUCCUUCAGCAGUGGGAAUUGGGAAUGGUGGAGUGCGUCUUCGGGGGUGGGGGGGAUAGAUGCCAGAUGUAACCCUCCUCCCUAGCCACUGCGGCCUCCACCCACCCUCCCCAAAUAACCCCUCAAGCUGCAGGUGUCCCCUAACCCCUCUCCCGUUGUCUCUUUUGUCCCCAGUCCCGGCCCGGUGGAGCUUUAAUAGAAUUUGCUUGUUGGGGUAGCCGGCUCCUGUCCCCGGACCUGCCCCCUCACCACCCUCUCCUCUCCCCCUCUCUCCCCCGCUGCCCGAGGUGGGGGGGGAGGGCGGAGGGGGGGUUGGGAAGGGGGCAGGGCCGGCGCUAUGGUCCCUCCGGGGAAGAAGCCAGCCGGGGAGGCCUCGAACUCGAACAAGAAGUGCAAGCGCUACUUCAACGAGCACUGGAAAGAGGAGUUUGCCUGGCUGGAGUUCGACUACGCCCGCAAGCUCAUGUUCUGCGGCGAGUGCCGGCAGGCCCUGGUCCGCAACAAGCACGGCAAGGCCGAGAACGCUUUCACCGUGGGCACCGACAACUUCCAGCGCCACGCCCUGCUCCGCCACGUCACGUCGGGCGCCCACCGCCAGGCCCUGGCCGUCAACCGCGAGCAGCCCGCCUGCGACGUCCCCGGGGGCCGCCCGGACCCUCCCACCGCCCCCGCCGCCGUCAAGGCGGAGGUGAACCCGGCCAAGGUGGCCGUGCUGACCACGGUCUACUGGAUGGCCAAAGAGGAGAUCCCGGAUGACCGGUGCCUCUCGCUGCUCGAGUUCCAGAAGUUCAACCUGUGCCAGGCCCUGCUGGACUCCGAGCAAGGCGACUCCUACCACCCGGGCAGCGUCAGAGAGAUGCAGGAGGCCAUCGUGAAGGUCCUGCACGACGAGGACCGCCACCGGCUGCGGGCGUCACCCUUCGUCGGCCUAGUGGUGGAUGAGACGGUGGACAUCCUGGAGCACCGGACGCUGGUCCUGUUCACCUGCACGGUGUCGCCCUGCGACGGGCAGACGGCCGUCACCUACCUGGGCAGCUUUGAGCUCCAGCCGGGGGAGGUGACGGCGGCCGUGGCCGCGGACCGCUUGGUCGAGGUCCUGCGGGCCUUCCGGGUGCCUCCGUCCAAGGUGGCCUGGCUGAGCUCGGAUGGCUCGGCCCUCACGGCCGCCCGGCUGACCGGCGUGGGCCCCCGCCUGAUGGCCGCCUGCCCCCUCCUGACUGAGCUGCACUGCCUCCCGCCCCGCGGGGCUCUGCCCCCCGGUCCCGGGGAUGCCAUCCGACGCUACGAGACCACGGUGGACGCCGUCUACCGCCUCUACGCCGGGGCCCGGGGGGACGGUCGGUGCCCGCCAGAGCUGCGGGCCGUGCUGGAGCGGGCCGAGCUGGAGCCGGACGGGGAGGUGCCCUGGACGUCCGUGUUCCCCGCUGUCCGGGCCGUGGAUGCCGCCUGGCCCAGCCUGGUCCUGUGGCUCGAGGACGCGGCGGGGACCUCGGCCGUGGCGCCCGCCCUGGGGGCUGAGCUGAAGCAGUUCUGCUUCGUGGCCUUCACCAAGGUCCUGCUGGACGCCCUAGACGCUCUGCGGAAGCUGGGCCGCCUGUUCCAGCGAGACGGGCCCGACCUGGCCCAGGUCAAGCCGGCCGUGGUGGCCACGGUGGCCGCUCUGCAGGCCCAGAAGGCCGCCGGGGGCCCCCACUUCCAGGGGUUCCUGCAGGAGGUGAGCCGGCGGCCGGCAGCGGGGGUGACCGGAGGAGGCGGGGGCAGCGGUGGUGGCGGCGGGGCGGGUGAAGGCCGUUUCUUCUACAAGGGGGUGGAGCUGGCCGGUUGCUCACGGGCCCAGCUGAAGAGCUUCGAGCGUCUUCGUGAGACGUACCUGGAAGGCACCCGUGGCCGCCUGUUGGACCGCUUCCCUGCCGCCGCGCUGGACGCCGUGGACUCGCUGGCCGCCGUCUUCAGCCCCGAGCGCUACCCACGGGCGCUGGAGGAGCUCGGCGGCUAUGGAGAGGGCGCCCUGCGGGCCUUGCUGGCCGCCUACGCCCCCGCAGUGGUCAGCGAGCGGGCGCUGAGCGACUUCCCCCUCUUCAAGCGGGUGGUGCACAGCCUGGGGCCGCUCAGCCUGAGGGAGCUGUGCUCCACGCUGGCCCGCGCCCGCUCCGAGAUGCAUGAGCUGUUCCCCGACUUCGCCGCCCUGGCCGCGCUGGCCCUGGCCGCUCCCGCCAGCGCCGCGCUGGCCCUCAAGGUGGGGAGGAGUCGGGCCCUGCGACGGCGCUGGAGGGGGAAGCAGCAUCAGCAACAGCAGCUGCGGCGGAGAGAGGGCCCCGGGCCGGCCCUCAAGAUCGCCGUGGACGGCCCCGCGGUGCCCGACUUCAACUUUGGGCUGGCGGUCGAGUACUUUGAGGGGGCGCGGGGGCGCGGCGGGGGCAAGUGACCAACA